GACGUACACCCGCUUCCGGGCCCAGGCGCCAUUUCUAGCGGUUGCAGGUUCUCACGAGUUGUAGUCCGCUGGGACAAUGAGCUAUGAUUACCAUCAGAACUGGGGCCGGGAUGGCGGGCCCCGCAGCUCUGGCGGGGGUUACGGAGGAAGCUAUGGGGGGGGCCAUGGAGGAGGCCAUGGAGGGAACCGAGGCUCCGGAGGCGGCGGCGGCGGCGGCGGCGGUGGCGGAGGAGGUGGUCGAGGCGGCCGCGGCCGACAUCCCGGGCACCUGAAAGGCCGCGAAAUCGGCUUGUGGUAUGCGAAGAAACAGGGACAGAAGAACAAGGAAGCGGAGAGGCAGGAGAGAGCUAUAGUACACAUGGAUGAACGGCGAGAAGAACAGAUUGUGCAGCUGCUUCAUUCAGUCCAAGCGAAGAAUGGUAAAGACUCAGAAGCACAGAUCUCCUGGUUUGCUCCUGAAGAUCACGGAUAUGGUACUGAAACUCCUGCUGAGAACAAACCCAACUCAGAGAAGAAACUUGAGAACCAGGAAAAGAAAUUAAUAAGUCAAGAAAAGAGAACAUUUAGAAUCAGGGACAAAUAUAUUGACCGAGAUUCUGAAUAUCUCUUGCAAGAAAAUGAACCAGAUGUAACCUUAGACCAACAACUAUUGGAAGAUUUACAAAAGAAAAAAAGCGACCUUCGGUAUAUUGAAAUGCAGCAUUUCAGGGAAAAGCUGCCUUCAUAUGGAAUGCAAAAGGAAUUGGUAAAUAUGAUUGAUAACCAUCAAGUAACAGUAAUAAGUGGUGAAACUGGAUGUGGAAAAACUACUCAAGUUACUCAGUUCAUUUUGGAUAACUAUAUUGAAAGAGGAAAAGGAUCUGCAUGCAGGAUAGUUUGUACUCAGCCAAGAAGAAUUAGUGCCAUUUCAGUUGCAGAGAGGGUGGCUGCAGAAAGGGCAGAAUCUUGUGGCAAUGGUAACAGUACUGGAUACCAGAUUCGUCUCCAGAGUCGGUUGCCAAGGAAGCAGGGUUCUAUCUUAUACUGUACAACAGGAAUCAUCCUGCAGUGGCUCCAGUCAGACUCGCAUUUGUCCAGUGUUAGUCAUAUUGUGCUUGAUGAAAUCCAUGAGAGAAAUCUACAGUCAGAUGUUUUAAUGACGGUUAUUAAAGAUCUUCUCAAUUUUCGACCUGACCUGAAAGUAAUAUUGAUGAGUGCGACUUUAAAUGCUGAGAAAUUUUCAGAAUAUUUUGGUAACUGUCCAAUGAUACACAUACCUGGUUUUACUUUUCCGGUUGUGGAGUAUCUUUUGGAAGACAUAAUUGAAAAAAUAAGAUAUGUUCCAGAACAAAAAGAACACAGGUCCCAGUUUAAGAGGGGUUUCAUGCAAGGGCAUGUAAAUAGACAAGAAAAAGAAGAAAAAGAAGCAAUCUAUAAAGAACGCUGGCCAGAUUAUGUAAGGGAACUGCGCAAAAGGUAUUCUGCAAGUACUGUAGAUGUUCUGGAAAUGGUGGAUGAUGAUAAAGUUGAUCUGAAUUUGAUUGCUGCCCUUAUCCGACACAUUGUUUUGGAAGAAGAGGAUGGUGCGAUAUUGGUCUUUCUACCAGGCUGGGACAAUAUCAGCACUUUACAUGAUCUCUUGAUGUCACAAGUGAUGUUUAAAUCAGACAGGUUUCUUAUUAUACCCCUACAUUCACUGAUGCCUACAGUUAACCAGACACAGGUAUUUAAAAGAACCCCUCCUGGUGUUCGGAAAAUAGUAAUUGCAACGAAUAUUGCAGAGACUAGCAUUACCAUAGAUGAUGUAGUUUAUGUGAUAGAUGGAGGAAAAAUAAAAGAAACACACUUUGACACACAGAAUAACAUCAGUACAAUGUCUGCCGAGUGGGUUAGUAAAGCUAAUGCCAAACAAAGGAAAGGUCGAGCUGGAAGAGUUCAACCAGGUCAUUGCUAUCAUCUGUAUAAUGGUCUUAGAGCAAGCCUUCUGGAUGACUAUCAACUGCCAGAAAUUUUGAGAACUCCUUUGGAAGAACUUUGUUUACAGAUAAAGAUUUUAAGGCUAGGUGGAAUUGCUUAUUUUCUGAGUAGGUUAAUGGAUCCACCAUCAGAUGAAGCAGUGUCACUCUCCAUAAAACACCUGAUGGAACUGAAUGCUUUGGAUAAACAAGAAGAAUUGACACCCCUUGGAGUCCAUUUAGCACGAUUACCAGUUGAGCCACACAUUGGGAAAAUGAUUCUUUUCGGAGCUCUGUUCUGUUGUUUAGAUCCAGUACUCACCAUUGCUGCUAGUCUCAGCUUCAAAGAUCCCUUUGUCAUUCCACUGGGCAAAGAAAAGAUUGCAGAUGCAAGAAGAAAAGAAUUGGCAAAAGACACUAAAAGUGAUCACCUGACAGUUGUAAAUGCAUUUGAGGGCUGGGAAGAAGCUAGGCGACGUGGUUUCAGAUAUGAAAAAGACUAUUGCUGGGAAUAUUUUUUGUCUUCAAACACAUUGCAGAUGCUGCAUAACAUGAAAGGACAAUUUGCUGAGCAUCUUCUUGGAGCUGGAUUUGUAAGCAGUAGAAAUCCUAAAGAUCCAAAAUCUAAUAUAAAUUCAGAUAAUGAGAAGAUAAUUAAAGCCGUUAUCUGUGCUGGUUUAUAUCCCAAAGUUGCUAAAAUCCGACUAAAUUUGGGUAAAAAAAGAAAAAUGGUCAAAGUUUACACAAAAACUGAUGGACUAGUUGCUAUUCAUCCUAAAUCUGUUAAUGUGGAGCAAACAGAAUUUCAUUACAACUGGCUUAUCUAUCAUCUGAAGAUGAGAACAAGUAGUAUAUACCUAUAUGACUGCACAGAAGUUUCUCCAUACUGUCUCUUAUUCUUUGGAGGUGAUAUUUCCAUCCAGAAGGAUAACGAUCAGGAGACUAUUGCUGUAGAUGAAUGGAUUGUCUUUCAGUCUCCAGCAAGAAUUGCCUAUCUUGUUAAGGAAUUAAGAAAGGAGCUAGAUAUCCUUCUGCAAGAGAAGAUCGAAAGUCCCCAUCCUGUAGAUUGGAAAGACACUAAAUCCAGAGACUGUGCUGUACUGUCAGCUAUUAUAGACUUGAUCAAAACACAGGAAAAAGCAAGUCCCAGGAACUUUCCACCACGAUUCCAGGAUGGAUAUUACAGCUGACAGCUUUUCUGUGAUGGUCUGAAAAUUUGACAGCCAUUUUCCAUCAUAGUUUAAUUUUGGGCUAGAUGCCAAACCAUGGGACAUGAAUAAUUACCGUAUGUAAGGUAGAAACCUUUAGUCGGUAGUAAAGACGUAGUGUGCAUGAUUUAACAAUGUUAUCUAUAGCUAUUAUAAAUAUACCAUAAAAAGCAAUAUGUUCUCUGAUCAUAUUUUCUGUUGUGGUCAUGUCCACACUUUGGGAGGACUGCUCUUAUAUAUAUUGAGUGUUGUACCACUUGAGAAAUUCCUUUGUUCUGUUAUGAGAAGUUAAUCUUUCUGCCCAUAGUGACUGAGUAUGGAAACCAGUAAAGGGGGAAUGGUUAGGCAAAAAGCAGUGUCAAGUUAAGAAUUUGAACACAACCACAUUUUUAAAUGAAACUUCCCUCAGAAGUAAAUUAAUUUGUAAUAAAGCCCAGUGUUUAAUAAAAUGUACAGUGUAUAAAUCUCAGCUAACUUUUUGGCUUGGUUUCUACAUCUCUAUCCUUUGGCUUGAUUUUUUUUUAACCUUUUUAGAUAUAUUUUACCCCUUUUACAUUAGCGUAAUACAGCAAUUGAGAAAGUGAGUCUAGACUUGACCACCUAAGUUCAAACUUCAGCUGUGACUUAACCAGCUCCCUUGGGCAAGGUACAUGGCUUCUCUGUUUUUUAUUUAUCAGUAAAAUACAGGUAACAGUUGUGAGGAUUAAAAAUGUUGAUAUAUGUAAAGUGCAUACACUAGUGUCUGGUACAUAGAAUGUACUCACUAAAUCUUAGUUUUUAUUUGUCCCUGAAUUUUAUUUUUUUUUAUAACAGUCCAUUAUAUUACACUCAUUUCCAUGCUCUGAGUCCCAUUUUACCCUCUCAGACAACGGAAGCUAGUGUGAUUUUAGGGCUAGUGAGUGAUAGGCUAGUGUUUUCAGCCUUAUUGGACUAACAAAUACCAUUGAUUGCUAUCCCAACAGCCAUUUGUCCCUCCCCAUUUGCUUGAUUGUUCAAGUGUUCCCCCUCUGUGUAGCCUGGUGCCCAGGGAUAUUGGACUCUUGCCCAAGGGUGAAUCAGAUUGUUCUAAGCCAAUUAUGUAUGGUCUUAACUCCUUACAACUGAUGAGCCGUCAGAAUGUAAACCUGUGUUGUCAAUUGCAACUGACAAGAGAUCUGCAAGGGGACAUCUGAGAAAGAUUUUCUUCACUGGUAGUCUUGGAGGAGGAAGUUUUCUCCUUUGAACAUUGUCUUGUCGGAAUCUGGCACUGCUGUAGCCAUUUUAGGAUUGCAGGGGAUAAUGACGUUGGCUAAGUGGAAAAAUGUAAAUCACCAGAGUUCGUGAUAAUGCUAGUGAGCUGCUGAAUUAUCCAGUUCUAGACCUGCCUUGCACAUGCACUUAUUUUGGUCAAAUAAACCCUCCUUUAUUGAGUUAGCCACUUUAGGGUAGUGUAUUUUGUUUAACUUGGCAGAAGUUAAACAACUGAAACACAUAGUCUGCAUCAGUGAGUGUUUGCUAAGUCCUGUUUCUACCAUUUUUUUUUUUUUUAAGAUUUUAUUUAUUUAUUUGACAGAGAUCACAAGUGGGGUGGCAGGGGGGGCAAGGGAGAAGGAGAAGCAGGCUUCCCACUGAGCGGGGAGCCUGUUGCGGGGCUCCAUCCCAGGACCCUGGGAUCAUGACCCAAGCCAAAGGCAGACGCUUAACUGACUGAGCUACCCAGGGGCCCCUCUACCAUUUCUUUUGUGAUCUAACAGUCUGACCCACAUGUCUGACAAAAGGUGUAAGAGUAGUAGUCCUGAACAUACUGCAAAAAGAAAUGUAGGAAGAACAUCUGCUGCAUCCUUAAAAAUAAACAUUUUCUUGUGCCUUCCAAUAAAUGCAGAGAAACUGAAGGAAGAGUAUCAAACAAUGACUGGGAUUUAUUGCUAAUGCUCUGAUGAUCUGUGUAACAUCACUGGUUCAGGUUCUCCCAUUUCUGGGAAUGUAUGUCAGCCUAUCCUUGCCUUCUAAAGGUUUUGAAUGUACUGUGUGUCCUAACUCCAUUCUCUUGGCUAGUCUCCCAGAAGUGAUCUCUUACUGAAUUCUUGUAUUGAGUCAUCACAAUAUUGUGGUUUUGUCCCUAAACUCAAGGUGACCCUAACGUUCUGUUUGCUCUAUAAGUGUGUUUAUGUUUGUGUACGUGUUUUCUUGCCUUUACUCUCCAGUUUAAAUUCACAGCAGGCCAAACUGGUCUUGGAAGGUAGCAUUUAAAGAAUCUGUUAAAAAAAGGGAGAGGGGAUUAUUAGUUAAUUGGUUCCAUGUUCCCAAACCAAUAUUUAAUCUCCAUGAGAAUGAGGAAAAUGUUCCUGAAGAAUUGUUUAAAUGGAUGAGCUAUUGAAAGAGAUUAAAGCAGUCACUGUCACCCCAGUUUCUAUCUUCUGUACAGCUGAUCAGGAUGGAAAUCUUGAUUGAAGGUGCUAUUUGUGUUUUUUCUUUUGUUUACAAAAUAGUGUAUAUACUGAGUGGAAGAUUUAUUCCAGAUCUAAGAACUGUUUGUUAUUUAGCAGUUUUAAGGAAUAAGACAUUUUUAAAAAAAGAAUCUGUUUGCCUCACCAUUCUUAGUGAUACCUAGACUUAACUCUUAAACAACCCUGAAACAGAAACUAAGAGGGGGAAAAACAGAAACCACUGAAUAAUCUUUAAAAAAGUGCCAUUGAAAAGUGAGUACAUGUAGUGCUUCCUAAUUCAUUAACUUGGGCAAAAGCUCUAGAUACAUUUAUACCUAUUAUGACAAGUAAUUUUCUGUUCUUACUGUAGUUUUAAAACAAAGUCCACCCUGAAAGGUAGAGAUUAUUAAAAAGCUUUAGAAGGAAUUUUAGUACCCCCUCACCCAAAGUAAAUCGUAAAUUUCCUUCCACUCUUAGCUGAGUUUGUGUAUAUUUAUUUUCAAGUAAUUGUCAAGAUCAUGUGGUAUAAUCAUAUAAUAUGCUGAUUGUUUAAAUGACAUUUUUAUUCUGAUUUUAAAACAAUAUACCCUCAUUGUACAAUAUUCGGGAAUUGAACAAAGAAAAGCAUGUUUGAUGUAUUUCCGUGUUUUUUUUUAAGCUUUGAGGUUAUUUUUUAUAUGUAAUAAAAUUUGCCAAUUUAAGUGUAUAAUUCAGCGAAUUUUGUCAAAUGUAUAGUCAUGUAAUUGCUACCACCACAAUCUUGAUCUAGAACAUUCCCAUCACAUAAGUUUCCCUUGUACCCCUUUGCAGCCAGUCCCCUGCUUCUACUUCUACCCAUUGGCAACCAUAGAUCUGAUUUUUGUCACUAGUUUUGCCUUUUCUAGAAUUUCCAAUAAAUGGAGAAUCAUAUUUAGUUUUUUGUCUCCAGUUUCUUUUCCUUAACAUAAUGCUUCAGAGAUAUUCAUGUUCUUACAUAUGUCGGUAGUUAGUUGCUUUUUUUAUCGUUUAGUUGUAUUGCCUUGUAUGGUUAUACCAGUUUGUUUAUUCAUUGACUAAUUGAUGGACCUUUGAGUUAUUUUCAGUUUUUUUAUUAUAAAUAAAGCUGCUAUGAA